GCCGUGCAGUGGAAACAGUGUCAGACUCCAUCCUCCCUUCUCCUCCUCAGAGGGAACCUGCCACUUCUAACUGCCCUGCCCUGCGUUUUAAAGGGCAACUUGCCUCACGCUGAACCGCGCCUCCAGCCUGCUCCCGUCUCAGGCUCAGCUGGUCCAACACUGUUCGCGCUCCUGCCAGAGCCCUGUAGCUCCUACAGAGAGCCUUGCCCGGAGAUGGAGAGCAAAACCCUGUUCCUGAUGGCUCUGGGCAUAUGGCUCCAGAUUCUGACCACCACCCGUGGAUGGGUGGCUGCCGACGACAGAAUUACAGGAGGAAGAGAUUUUAUAGAUAUUGAAAGUAAAUUUGCUCUAAGGACCCCUGAAGACAUAGCUGAAGAUACUUGCCACCUCAUUCCUGGAGUGACAGAAUCUGUGGCUAACUGCCACUUCAACCACACCAGCAAAACCUUUGUGGUGAUCCAUGGCUGGACGGUGACAGGAAUGUAUGAGAGUUGGGUGCCAAAACUUGUGGCUGCCCUGUACAAGAGGGAACCAGAUUCCAAUGUCAUUGUGGUGGACUGGCUGUCACGGGCCCAGCAGCAUUAUCCGGUGUCUGCGGGAUACACCAAGCUGGUGGGAAAGGAUGUGGCCAAGUUUAUCAACUGGAUGGCGGAGGAAUUUCACUAUCCUCUGGACAAUGUCCAUCUCUUGGGAUACAGCCUUGGAGCUCAUGCUGCUGGCAUUGCAGGAAGUCUGACCAAUAAGAAGGUCAAUAGAAUUACUGGACUAGAUCCAGCUGGACCUAACUUUGAAUAUGCAGAAGCUCCAAGUCGCCUUUCUCCUGAUGAUGCAGAUUUUGUAGAUGUCUUACACACAUUCACCAGAGGGUCACCUGGCCGAAGUAUUGGAAUCCAGAAACCAGUAGGACAUGUUGACAUUUAUCCUAAUGGAGGCACUUUUCAACCAGGAUGUAACAUUGGGGAAGCUAUCCGUGUGAUUGCAGAGAGAGGCCUUGGAGAUGUGGACCAGCUAGUGAAGUGUUCCCAUGAGCGCUCCAUUCAUCUCUUUAUUGAUUCUCUGUUGAAUGAAGAAAACCCGAGUAAGGCCUACCGGUGCAAUUCAAAGGAAGCCUUUGAGAAAGGGCUUUGUCUGAGUUGUAGAAAAAACCGUUGCAACAAUUUGGGUUAUGAGAUCAAUAAGGUCAGAGCCAAAAGAAGCAGCAAAAUGUACCUGAAGACUCGGUCUCAGAUGCCUUACAAAGUCUUCCAUUACCAAGUAAAGAUACAUUUUUCUGGGACUGAGAGUGAUACACAGACCAACCAGGUCUUUGAGAUUUCUCUGUAUGGCACUGUGGCUGAGAGUGAGAACAUUCCUUUCACCCUGCCUGAAAUUUCUGCGAAUAAGACAUACUCUUUUCUAAUUUACACGGAAGUGGAUAUUGGGGAACUGCUAAUGUUGAAACUCAAAUGGAAGAGCGAUUCAUACUUCAGCUGGUCAGACUGGUGGAGCAGCCCUGGGUUUACUAUUGAGAAGAUCAGAGUAAAAGCAGGAGAGACUCAAAAAAAGGUAAUCUUCUGUUCCAGGGAGAAAGUAUCUCAUCUGCAGAAAGGAAAGGCAUCUGUGGUAUUUGUGAAAUGCCAUGACAAGUCCCUGAAUAAAAAGUCUGGCUGAAACUGGGCAAAUGUACAGAAGGAAGAACAGAACACGAAUUCCAUGAAGAAUGGAGUAACUUUUACAACAGAUGCCCAGUGCUUUGGAUGUUUCAAAGACAAGUUUCCUGAAUAUUAAUCCCAGCUCUGCUUUGUUAUUUUAGGAUAUAAUCUCAAAUACAAAAAAAAAAAAGUGAAUAAUUCAAUUUGAAGUGUAUAGUGGCCAAAUAGCACAUCCUCCAACAUCAAAAGAUAGCAGAUUUGAAAAUCACUGUUUUGUCCUUUGAGAAAGAAUUGAGAGCCAUUUGGGCCCAUGGUAAAAUAAUAAACCUUCUUUAUAUAGUAA